AUGGAAGAAGAGCGCGAGAGGCGUAAAGCGGCGGCAAAAGCCCAAGAUGGCAGAGAGAGACGAACGAUGACAAGAGAAGAGAUGGAGAAGGAGCGCGCCAGGAGGAAAGCAGCUGCUGAGGGUGGUGGAGAACGACCGAGGAUGACAAGAGAGGAGAUGGAAAGGGAGCUCGCGAGGCGUAAAGCCGUAGCGGAAAGAGGUGGCGAUUCUGAAGGGAAACCCGAUGGUUUGAAGAUGACUAGGGAGGAGAUGGAAAGGGAGCGGGCGAGGCGUAAGGCUGCGGAAAAUGCUACCGGCUCUGCAAAAUCUCAGGUGACCAGAGAAGAAUUGGAGAAAGACCGCAUCCGACGUGAAGCCAUGGAAGCUGCCUCGAACGAGUCGGAACCCCCAAAAUUGACACAGCCAGAACGAGCUCAGAAAGCCCGUGGACGAUCGUCAUCUGAUUCCGAGUCACCGCCUUCUAGUGAGAAAGGGAAGGAGAGGAUCGACGAUGAGAAAUCUGGUUCAUCCACAUCAUCUCAGUACAAGACUUCGACAGAUUCAUCUUCCUCUUCUCCGGAGUCGAGAUCGGGUUCUUCGUCUGAUAUCAAGGGCAGACCAUUGAAAUCCGCUAUGAAAAGCUCAAGGCCAGCAGAAAGCAGUGGACGGAAUGGGGAUGACGGAGAUCAGAUGAGGUCAAGUAGAGAAGAGAGUUUGGGAGGAGAAGACAGUGAAAAGGAGGAAUCGGGGGAAACUACAGGGGGUAUCUCGUCAGAGGACGACCCACUCAUGGCUGGCGACUAUCGCGCAUUGAAGUCUAUCCUGAAAAAGCCCGGCGCGAAGAAAAAGAAGAAGAAGAAAGAUCGACCAACAGUGCAUCAUAAUCAUUUCUUGACAAUGAGAGGUUGGCGGCCUACUUUGGUACCUUUUCCACAUGGCAUGCAUCCGAAGCCGGGAGAACCCAGGGGAACGCUGUGGUGGGAUAACGUGCCGCGUGAUGCGAGCAAAUUGAUGGUACAGAAACCGCCCAAGGAGCCGGAGAAGGAUGAUGAGGAGACAGGGUCAGAGACGGGAACCUCGGAGUCAGGGAAGGCGGACAAGGAAGAGAAAGAGGCAAAGGUCGAGAAGAAGAAAGAUGACAUUUCGAAGGAAAAGCAGAUGGAGAUUCUGAAAAAGAAGCAAGAAGAGAGAUUAAGGGAGAAGCAAGCUGAGAGUAAGCGGCCGGAAAAGACGGAGAGUGAAACAGCUCAGGAGAAGAAGGAGAAACCUGGAGAGGCGAGACAUGGGCACGUAGACGAGAAAGAUAAGGAAAGGGAAAGAAUGAAGGAGAUGAUGAAGGAAAAGGAAAUGCUGAAUGCGCAGGACGGGCGAAAAGACAAGGGCAAGGGGAGGGCCAUAGAUACAGAUGAUGACGCGGAGAAGGAAUCGGCGAAGAUGAAGCAACUGGAGAUGCUCAAGGCGAAGGCGAAGGGCAAGGAGAAAGCGAGUGGAGAGGACCCAGAAAAAGAUAAUGACAAGGAAAAGGCGAAGAUGAAGGAGAUGAAACAAGCUCGAGCGGCUCAGCAGGCGCAGGAGGGAGAGAAAAAGGAGAAGGAGAUGACACCUGAGAUGAUGGCGGGGUUAGAAAAGGCUAAAACCACCAAGGAGGCCCGGGGGAAGAAGACCAGUGUAGAGGACAGUCAGAUGACGCCGGAGAUGAUGGAGAGAAUGAAGAGAGCUCGAGCGGCUAAAGAGGCGCAGGAAGGAGAAGGUAAAGGGAAAGAGAUGACGCCGGAGAUGAUGGAGAAGAUGAGGAGAGCUCGAGCGGCCAAAGAGGCGCAGGAAGGAGAAGGUCAGGGGAAAGAGAUGACACCGGAGAUGAUAGAGAAGAUGAAGAGAGUACAAGCAGCGAAGGAAGCUCAAGGGACAGGGGGAAGUGGGGAGAACAGAGAAAUGACACCGGAGAUGUUGGAGAAGAUGAAGCGAGCUCGAGCGGCUAGAGAGUCGCAGGCAGGAGAAGGUGAAGAGAAAGAGAUGACGCCGGAGAUGAUGGAGAAGAUGAAGAGGGCUCGAGCAGCAAAAGAAGCCCAAAUGACAGAUGUGAGUGGGGAGAAAAGGGAAAUGACACCGGAGAUGUUGGAGAAGAUGAAGCGAGCUCGAGCGGCUAGAGAGUCGCAGGCAGGAGAAGGUCAGGGGAAAGAGAUGACACCGGAGAUGUUGGAGAAGAUGAAGAGAGCUCGAGCAGCGAAAGAAGCCCAAGGGACAGGGACAAAUGGGAAGAACAGAGACAUGACACCAGAGAUGAUGGAGAAAAUGAAAAGAUACAGAGCUGCAAAAGAGGCUCAAGGGAAAGAAGUCAAUGGGGACAAACGAGAGAUGACACCGGAGAUGAUCGAAAAGCUUAAACGUGCUCAACGAGAAAGGAACGAAGGGAAUGAGAGAGGUGAGAUGACACCUGAUAUGAUCGAAAAUCUCAAACGUGCUCAGCGAGAAAGAAAUGAAGGGAAUGAGAGAGGUGAGAUGACACCUGAUAUGAUCGAAAAACUCAAAAGGGCGCAACGUAAAGGCGAAUUGACACCUGAAAUGAUAGAAAAACUCAAACGUACUAGAACUCGAUCAACCCAAUCUGGUCAAGGAACAACUAAAGAACAACUCACUCCUGAUAUCAUUGAUAAAAUCAAACGUUCUCAAGCUACCCGAGUGAGAUCUCCAAAUAGAAUUGAUGAACGUCGAACAGGAGUGAAAAGUGGGAGAGAAAGACAGGAUGAUGAGGUGAGAGGAAAAGAAAUUAAAAAACCUAACUUAAAAGAAAUGACAGAAGAAGAAAGGGAAGAUUAUUUGAUUGCUUAUAAAGCUGCGAAAGAAAAGAAGAAAAUAGAGUUACAAAGACUUGAAAAAGUUAAAAAAGGACAAGGUAGUAGUGGUUUAAGUCAUGAGGAAAAAGAAAUUUUAUCUCCUAUUUGA